AUGGCUGAAAGUUUAAGUGACGGUGUAUUUCUAGCAUUAAAAGUGACCAUUAGCGUAUUAAAAUAUACAGCUCCGUUUUGGUUGACGUAUUGUUAUCGCAAAGGUUUCUUAACGUUAGAUAAUACGUAUAUAACUUUUCGAUUAUUAGGAUGUAUCGCAAUAUUAUCAGCAUAUUUUGUGUUACUACGUGGUAUGGGUCGUUUUAUAAAUCCAGCUUAUGUUUUAUUUAUUGAAGAAUAUUUUAAAACAAAAAAGAAUCCUAUACAACAACUAAAACAGGCGUUAUUCUCUAAAUAUGAUUUUUCAUUAUUAAAUUGGAUGCCAGACUACACAAUAGAAUCAAAAGCUGUACGUUCAUUGCCAAAAAUCUCCAUAGAGAAAGAAGAUCGAGCUGUCUUAGCAACUGAACAAACAUUACUCGAACGUCUAUUCCAUUAUCCAUCUUUGUUACUUGGCUAUGUAUGUGUAAGAUCGUUUGGUUCAAGCAUGAUGUUUCCCGGAUCACUACGAAUUUUAAAACAUAUGAUGGAACGUCCGUUAUUGGAAGGAAGAGAAAAAUUGAUAACCCUUUUCAAUGGAAAACGUUACCUCAUUCGUACUGCUGACGGAAAUAAUUUGGAUACAAUGUUUGUCGAUAGACGACAAAGCGGAGGGACAAACGGAAAUUUACUUGUUAUCACAUGUGAAGGCAAUGCUGGUUUUUAUGAAGUGGGAUGCAUGCAAACGCCACUUGAAGCCGGAUACUCCGUUCUAGGAUGGAACAGACCAGGCUUCGGCGAAAGUUCGGGUUCUCCUGGUCCUGUCACUGAAAUAAAUUCAAUUGAUGCUGUUAUGAAAUAUGCUAUUAAUGAAUUGCAUUUUCCUGUUGAAGAUAUAAUUGUAUUUGCAUGGAGUAUUGGGGGAUAUGCUGCGUGUUGGACGUCAGUAAUAUAUCAAGAUAUUCGUGGUCUUGUGUUAGACGCCGUUUUUGAUGAUGUUUUGCCAUUAGCUCAACGAGCAAUGCCUGAAAUGUUAUCAACAUUUGUAGAGAAAACCGUUCGAUGUUAUCUUGAUUUGAAUAAUGCAAAAUUAGUAAAAAUGUACAAUGGAUCAUUUUAUUUAAUUCGUCGAACAAGAGAUGAAAUAAUAUCGACAAUACCAGGUGUAAUUGAUUCUAAUCGUGGAAAUGAAUUAAUUAUUGAAGUGUUAAAAUAUCGUUAUCCAUUUUUAUAUAACGAUGAAACCCUACCAUUGUUAAGACGUUAUAUUGGCUCAUUAGACACACAAAAGAUUCUUUUGUACGAUCAAUAUUGCGGAAAUGAAGCAGAGCUAAAUUCAACAAUUGAAGAUUAUAAAAGAAAGAAUUCAGUUGCAUCGUACCCAUCACAAUUCGAGCCAUAUCGAAUAAGCGACGACACACACUGCUCAAAUGCAUAUCACAAAGCUUGUUCGAAUCAGUCAUAA